AUGCUUCCGAUACACCACCAUGCACAAGUUGCCUACGAUUCAAGUAAUAUCGACAAUGUUGCCAAAUCAGCCGGGGACAUUGCUUCCAUUGCCUCACGGAACUCCACUUGCCUUCGUUCUGGUAAAUUUGAACUUUUCUAUGGCCAGGAAGGGCCAGGCUCCAACUCCAUCUGCCCUUCACAGGGUGGGUCGUGUCUUUUCGAAGAUUUCGUCUUAAAGAAGCACGAAGGGGCAGGCACAAAAGCAUUCAAAGGAAUUCAUGACAGAACGCAGGAAAAUGAGGAAGGCAGCGACGAAUGCAUCGAGAGCCCUUGGAGAGAAGAGAAAGAACGAUCCAGCACAUCCAGCACUGACUUCAUUGACACAACAUUUCCCGCCCCUUCCUCUGCCUCAACAGAGAUAUCUCUAUACCAUCUAGUCAUGGUCGUAUCGGACUGCUUGCUCCAGUCUUCGCAACUGCAGGCUCAUAUGCAGAGUAGUAACUUGAGAUGGGUCAAGGAACGAAUAUCAAUCGUCACCAUCAACUACGCCCUAUGUAUCGGAAUAUUUCUCGUGGCCAUAUACUGUACCAUUAUUGAUCAGUUGCACUUGUGGGACCCGGAUGAUUGUCUUCAAUUCAGCGAGUACCGGUGGGGAUUGAGAUUUAUGAAGAGUCAAAAGCGGGGGUGGGAAAUGAGAUAG